AAAGAGAGCGAGGGAAGGAAAGUGGGGAAUUUCUUCCCUUCAAAUGACAUUCGCAAUCGGCUCUUGAUCUUCAGACACACAGAGACUUCUUCAUCACUUCUUCUUCCCACUUUUGCACCCGUAAAGCACCACCAGCCGCCAUGGACAUGAUCCCCAACAUCUCGGUGGCUUCGCUGCCCAUCACCCUUUUCCUCGCCGCGCUGCCCCACUGGUACUCGAUUGGCGUGGCAGAAAGCCGAAAGAUCCAGGGUGGAUGGUCGAACGAGAACCCGAGAGCCUUUGUUGCUCGGCUCAAUGCGCGCGCUGCCCAGGGCAAGAGGCUCUCGGACACAGAGGAGAUGAUCCUGCGUGCCCAGAGCUGCCAGCAGAAUGGCUUUGAGUGGUUCGCCGUCUGGGCUGCUGCCGUGAUCCUCGGCAACUUUGCCAAGCUGCCCCAGUCGACGCUGACCAACACGACGUUCAUCCACCUCGUGACGAGGAUCAUCUACACGGUCCUCUACGUCCAGACAACGUCGCGCAAGUUCAGCUAUGUCCGCACUCUUGUCUUCAACUUGGGCGUGGCCGCACAAGUACGCCUAAUCUUCAAGGCUGCCUAUGCUCUCGCCUAGGAGGCGCCACCUUCUUCGCACGGACGCUAUUCCCCACGCACUUUGUGCUUGGACUCGCCUCUUUGCUGUAUCCAUGUAUGAACCAGCACCGCUUUCCUCUGCCAAAAGCAAAUUUGUCUCUGGAAACCCCCUCUGUGGCCCUUGUGUCUACGAAUCUGUUCUCGUUGGUCUAGUAGUGUAGU